AUUGGUGUAGUAACUUGGUGACGUUUCUGCCCUUUCCCCCCCACCCUUCCUUAAACAGUGCUGCUAUUUUACAAUAGAAAUCCUGUCGGAGUUUUGUAGCUGACUCAGAGGUACAGACCUUUACUACUGCAAAAAGAAGAAAAGGAGAGAGAGAGAAAGAGGUGUACAGAUUACUUUUCAGAAACACAAGCAAUAUCUUGCAGAAAAGAUGACAUUUAUUGGCUUGUUUUUCUUCUGGAUGCUGAUGAACAUGCUAACAGAUGCCCGAUCAAUCAAGGAUGGAGAUGUUUUUUUUUCAUCCAGUGAUUUCUGGUCCUACGUGGAAUAUUUCCGAACCCUGGGAGCCUACAACAGGAUCGAUGAAAUGGCCAGAACCUUCUUUGCUCAGUUCCCUUUUGGCAGUCACCUUGGCUAUCAUGUGCCCAACCACGAGCGCUAACUGCUUUGCUCACUUUUGCUGAAGCUGGUGCCAAGAUGUUCAAGUGAAUACACAGCUGGCAGUGAACACACCUUAACUAUCCCUCAGCCUCUUAUUAAUACUCACAGCAGCCAUGUGUAGCAUUUCGUGCAUUAAAUUAGCCUUUCCUUUUUUACAACAUAUGCUUUUGCAUUAAAUCAAUAAAAUUCCUCAAAUCUGUUGCA